AUGGAACUCCACUACUCCAUCAACCAUCUUGAUGAAGCACAUGUUAUUACCAAAGAAGACAAGUUCAUCCUUACCAAUCGCCGCCCACAGCCACCGAAUUGCCACCCACAACCACCAGUAAGCUCUUACCUCCCUGCUCUCCCUCUCAUUGAGUUCGUUGGAACAACAAGAAAUGAAGCAGCAGAAGCCGAUAGAGCAACCCCUGCCACCACCGACGCUGCUAUUAUGGAACCAUCGUUGUUGAUUGUUGCUGUGGAACGAAUCAGCAGAAGCUGCCAGAUCUUUCUUCAUAUUCUUCAUAUCCUUUAUAUUCGGUUUCGAAUUUUGCAAUAUUGA